CCGGGUCAGUGACUCCCGGAAGUAGAACGCCCACAAGCAGAGCGGCUCGGCAGCUUCCGUGGCCGCCUUUGGAAGUUCCAGGCAAUCUUCUGAGAUGGCGAACGCAGCCGCGCCUACAGCGGCGGUCCCCACCCUAGCUCCGCCUUUGGAGCAGAUCCGGCACUUGGCAGAGGAGCUGCGGCUGCUGAUACCUGGAGUGCGGGUCGGCGAAGCCCUGGAGACCACCAAGGAGUUUAAUCCUGAGACGUUUUGGAGGAGACUCAAUGAGGCAGCUGUGAACGUGUCAAGGGAAGCUACGACUCUGACCGAAGUCUUCUCUCAUCUUCCACUGCCCUCUCCACAGGAAACACAGAGGUUCUGUGAACAAGUCCGUGCUGCCAUCAAGGCAAUGAUUGCAGUAUAUUAUUCACUUCCCAAGAAUCAGGGAAUCACUCUGAGAAAGCUGGUACGAAGCACCACUCUGGACAUCGUAGAUGGCAUGGCUCAACUUAUGGAUGUGCUUUUCAUGACUCCAACUCAGAGCUCAGAGAACAAUGACCUUAUUUCCUACAACAGUGUCUGGACUGCAUGCCAGCAGGUUCCUCAGAUACCAAGAGAUAACAAAGCUGCAGCCCUUUCAAUGCUGACGAAGAAUGUGGAUUUUGUGAAGGAUGCGCAUGAGGAAAUGGAGCAGGCUGUGGAAGAAUGUGACCCGUACUGUGGCCUCCUGAAUGACACUGAGGACAACUCUGAUAACCACGGUGAUGAGGAGGAUGAUGGGUUGGGGUAUCCAAACAAUCGGGACUUAUAUUGGUCAGAGGAGGAUCAAGAGCUCAUAAUCCCAUGCCUUGCACUGGUGAGAGCAUCAAAAGCCUGCCUGAAGAAAAUCCGGAUCUCAGUGGCAGAGAAUGGGAAGAAGGAUCAGGUGGCCCAACUGGACGACAUUGUGGAUAUCUCUGAUGAGAUCAGCCCUAGUGUGGAUGAUUUGGCUCUGAGUAUAUACCCACCUAUGUGCCACUUGACUGUGCGAAUCAAUUCUGCAAAACUUGUAUCUGUCUUAAAGAAGGCACUUGAAAUUACUAAAGCGAGUCAUGUGACCCCACAGCCAGAAGAUAGUUGGAUCCCUUUACUCAUUAAUGCCGUUGAUCAUUGCAUGAACAGAAUCAAGGAACUCACUCAGAAUGAACUUGAACUUUUCCCUUUUGCAGAGAAAAUGAAGCCAUCCUUCAUCCUUGAGGAAUCUUCUCAAGCUCAUGUUCCCAUUCCCAACCCCGUAGACAUAGAUCUCUACCCCUGCUGCCACCUGGAAGAUGAAGUGUCCGCCCUCCCCAAGUUGAACCUCCACUUUUGAGGUCUGUGUCCCAUCCUGACCCCACUAUUGCCUGCUGUGUAACUUUGGGCAAAUUAUUUAAGCUCUCUGUCUUUGUCUCCUCAUCUGUAAAGUGGGGAUACCAGUGGUUGCUACCUCUUAAGGUUGUUGUGAGGAUAAAUGAUAUAAUUCAUAAUGUACACUUAACCCUAUGUUUGCCAAAAAUAAGCUACAGUUAUUCUAGUUGCCCCUCCUUUCCCCAAGGGUUGCACCACCAAUUUUAACCCAUCUUUCCUGAGGCUUCAGUCUUUCCCUCUCUGUUGAUUAUUUUCCUUAGCACGAAAGCAGAUUCUGCUCUCUCAUCUUAAACAAACAAAAAAACCCACCCUCUCUCUACCCAGUGCCCCUGCUGACAACCACUCAUCCUGUUUCCUUUUUCUGUCUGUUCUUCCAGGAAGGACUGGCACACUGUGUCUUGCUUUCUCAACUCAAUCAGUUUAACCCCUAGGAUGCUGUCCUUUGCCAUCACUUCUCAGUAAGACCACUCCCUCAGUGUCUACUUUUCAGUCUUGACAUUUUGUGGCUACUCUCCUGACCCUGCUGGGUGGUCCUCCUGUCUUUGACUUCUCCAUUCACCUUCUGCUCCUUCCCUGCCUUCCCCCUACAUGCUGGUGCUGCCUGCCUUCACCCUCUUCUCUUCUCACACCCCUUCUUCUACCCCCAUGAGCUCAUCGAUGCCCUGACUUGGCAGCCCCCUCUGUGCUGGGAUUCCUCAUCUGGUCUCAAACCAAGACCUUUAUUUUGAAUGCCAGGCUUAGGUUUCCAGCUGUCUCCUGGCCAUCUCUGGUUGUCUCAUGGGCUUUCGAACCCAAUGGGCCCAUACUUAUUCUUCCUCAUUUUCCCUAUUCUAGGGGUUCAUCCAAACUGAAAGCAACCCUCCAACCACCCCCCCAUACAUAUUCACAAGUCCAAAUCUAUCCCACCUCCUUAAUAUGUCUUCAUUUGAAGUGCUGCUACUCUGGUUUCUCCUUCAUUCCUUGACUUGGUUAUUACAAAACUUUCCAACUUCUGAUCCAGUGUUUCUCAACAUUACAUGCACAUUAGAGUCAUAAAGAGAGCUUUAUAAAAUGAUCCCAGUGCCAAGCUGCACACCAAAUCAAUUAUAUCAGACUCUGGUGGUGAGGCCCAGGCAGCAAUAUUUUUAAAGUUCCCCAGGUAAGGGGUACCUGGGUGGCUCAGUUGGUUAAGUGGCCAACUUAGGCUCAUGUCAUGAUCUCAUGGUUCGUGAGUUUGAGCCCCACAUCGGGCUCUGUGCUGACAGCUGGGAGCUGGAGCCUGCUUCCAACUCUGUUUUUCCCUCUCUCUCUCUGCCCACCCCCCCCCC